AUGGCGCAACUCGACACGCUCGACAUUGUCGUCCUGGCCGCUCUCCUCCUGGGUACCAUCGCCUACUUCACAAAGGGCACGUACUGGGCCGUCGCCAAAGACCCCUAUGCUGGCUCUCUCGCCAACGGCGCCGCCGCUAAGGCUGGCAAGACGAGGGACAUUCUUGAAAAGAUGGACGAGUCGGGCAAGAACUGUGUCAUCUUCUAUGGCUCGCAGACCGGUACUGCCGAGGACUAUGCCUCACGUCUGGCCAAGGAGGGCUCCUCUCGAUUCGGCUUGAAGACCAUGACGGCCGAUCUCGAGGAGUACGACUUUGAGAAUCUCGACUCGUUCCCCGAAGACAAGGUUGCCAUGUUUGUCCUGGCGACCUACGGCGAGGGCGAGCCCACCGAUAAUGCCGUCGAGUUUUACGAGUUCAUCAGCAGUGAGGACGUUUCCUUCACCCAGGGAGGCGGUGUUUCCGAGAAGCCUCUGGCCAACCUCAAGUACGUCGCUUUCGGUCUCGGCAACAACACCUACGAGCACUACAACUCCAUGGUUCGCAACGUUACCAAGUUCCUCGACAGGCUCGGUGCCAACAGAAUCGGCACCGCUGGCGAAGGUGACGACGGUGCCGGUACCAUGGAAGAGGAUUUCCUGGCCUGGAAGGAGCCCAUGUGGAAACACCUGGCCGAAUCCAUGCAACUGCAGGAGCGUGAAGCCGUCUAUGAGCCCGUCCUUGAGGUCACGGAAAAGCCAGACAUGGACGCUGAGUCGGACGAUGUCUACUUGGGUGAGCCCAACAAGAACCAUCUGGAGGGCAAGCAAAAGGGCCCUUUCAACGCCCACAACCCCUACAUUGCACCCAUCGCCGAGUCCAAAGAGCUCUUCACCGUCAAGAACAGGAACUGUCUGCAUAUGGAAAUUGACAUUAGCGGCUCAAACCUGUCCUACACCACUGGCGACCACAUUGCCAUCUGGCCUACCAACGCCGGCAAGGAGGUUGAUCGUUUCAUGAACAUCCUCGGCCUCAGCGAGAAACGCCACAUGGUCAUUUCCGUCAAGGGCUUGGAUGCCACAGCCAAGAUUCCUUUCCCCUCGCCCACUACUUACGACGCCGUUGUUCGCUACCACAUGGAAAUCUGCGCUCCUGUCUCGAGACAAUUCGUUUCGGCUCUCGCGCCCUUCUCGCCCGAUGACAGUAUCAAAGCAGAAAUGACCAAAAUGGGUAGCGACAGGGAUUACUUCCAUGACCAAGUCGCGGCCCGCAACUACAACCUCGCUCAGCUCCUCGAAUUCCUGUCUCAAGGUAAGACUUGGGACAACGUGCCUUUCACCAUCUUCGUUGAAGGUCUUCACAAGAUCCAGCCCCGCUACUACUCAAUCUCAUCGUCUUCCUUGGUGCAGAAGAACAAGAUCUCCAUCACCGCCAUUGUCGAAUCGGUCGAGGUUCCAGGAGCUUCCCACGUGCUUAAGGGUGUUACCACCAACUACCUGUUGGCUCUCAAGCAAAAGCAGCACGGCGACCCAAACCCCGACCCCCAUGGAUUAGACUACGCAAUCACCGGUCCUAGAAACAAGUACGACGGCAUUCACGUGCCUGUCCACGUUCGCCACUCCAACUUCAAGCUUCCCUCAGAUCCGUCAAAGCCCAUAAUCAUGGUCGGUCCGGGUACUGGUGUCGCUCCAUUUCGUGGCUUUAUCCAAGAGCGCGCCAAGCAGGCACGCGACGGCGAGACAGUCGGCAAAACCAUGCUUUUCUUUGGCUGCCGAAAGAAGGCAGAGGAUUUCAUCUAUGCGGACGAGUGGGAGGCGUACAAGAACGACAUGGGUGAAAACUUUGAGAUGCUGACCGCCUUCUCUCGUGAAGGCGCCCAGAAGGUCUAUGUGCAGCAUCUUCUCAAGCAACGCGCCGCCGAAAUCGACAGACUUUUGCAACAAAAGGCUUACUUCUAUGUCUGCGGUGACGCCGCAAAUAUGGCGCGUGAGGUGAAUACUGUUCUCGGACAGAUUAUUGCCGAACAAAGAGGGAUUUCAGAAUCUAAGGCAGAGGACAUUGUCAAGGCCAUGCGUAACAGCAACGCCUACCAAGAAGAUGUUUGGUCAUGA